AUGUCUGACAAGAGCUAUUCUGCUAUGAAGCCUUUCUUUCGACACGCUACCGUGAGUAGAAACUCAUCCUAUCCUUUCAUUAGUGGCGACACAUUUCGUGCAAUGGCGGAUCAUGUUUUCGAUGAAACAACAGAUGUUAAUAAAUGGCCGGAGCGCAUCUCGGAUAUAGGUUUAGGAGAUACAGUGUUCCUGGGAACUGAAGUUCCAUUGAUAAAGUUUUUCUCCAAUGUUACCUUCAACAAGAUUCGACAUCCAUUCGUUCUUAUUACUCACAAUUCUGAUGCAUCGGUACCUACUCGUCAUUUUAGAUGGGUCUUAGACAAUGAGAAAAUCUUGGCUUGGUUUGCUUCAAAUCCAGAUCACAUACACAAAAAGUUAUUUCCGAUACCUAUUGGGCUGGCAAAUGCUCGAUGGCCACAUGGAAAUGUCAGCGUAUUCAAACAAGCGUUUAAAUUUUAUCGAAAGUCGUUUUCACGCCGAACGACGCUUUUAUUUGUUAAUUUUCAAGUAAAAAACAACCGAGUACAACGAUCGAAAGCUUUAAAGUGGGCGCUUGGACUUCCUAAUGUAACGCAUUCCCAUGUUACAUCGCAUGAACUGUAUUUGAGGGAACUUGGUAAUGCCAAGUUUGUCCUUUCCCCACGUGGCCACGGCUUAGAUUGUCACCGCACAUGGGAGACUAUUCUGAUGGGUGCAGUACCUAUUGUACUCCGAUCGCGAUUAGAUCCUCUUUUUACCGAUGCAGCCGUUCUUAUUGUUGACGAUUGGAAUAAUCUGAGUAUUGAAUAUUUGCAGUCACUUGAAUAUAAUCGUUUACCAAAUGAGAUAUUGUUUGCGAAAUACUGGAGAAAGCGUUUAAUGGAUGUAGCGAAACGUGAAUGA